AUGUCACAUCGAGAAAAUCUAACUCCAAAUCAAAUUGAAAAAUACAAAAUUAUUGCUGAAAGAGUUUGGUCAGAUUUGAAAUUCCAGAAUAUUUCAAAAGAUGAUUUGAUAACAUAUUUAUGUAAAUUUUCCUGUAAUAACUUUCAAUUACAUGAUAAUCAACUUUUCACAUAUGGUGAAGGAGUAUAUCCAAUUGGAUCAUUUAUAAAUCAUUCAUGUCGUCCAAAUUCAAUUGUAAUGUAUGAAGGUGAAAAACAAAUUAUCAAAAGUAUUGAAGAUAUUGAUGAGGAAGAAGAAAUAACUAUUUCUUAUGUUGAUGCAGCAGUGAUGAAUAGAAAAUCUAGACAAAAUUUAUUGAAAGAAAAAUAUUUUUUUAGUUGUCAAUGUUCAAGAUGUUUAGUAGAUUUUAUCAAUAUUGAAAAUGAUAUUGAAAAGAAUAAGUUUAAUAAGUUGGAUAAAUUUAAAAUCACUUUGACAAAAAUUGAUAAAUUGAUGGAGAAAGGUAAAUGUAUGUGGAAUGAUUUAGAAGGUGGAAAAGAUGUAAUUAAAGAAGCAGUUGAUAUCUUAAAAAUUUCCAAGAAAUCAAUUAAGAUUACACAUGGAGAAGGUGAAAAUAAUAAAAUCGUUUUAAAUGAAGUUAGUGAAUUGUUGGGUAUGGCUGAGAAAGAAUUAAAAAACUUUGGUGUUUUUGAUACACCUUUCAGAGAAGAAUAUUCUAUCAAUCCUUUCUCACGUGAAGUUGAAGGAUUGAUGACAACUCCUCGUAAACAUGAAAGAUUUAUUAAUCCUGUCCCAUUUCAAUCAUUGACACUUUGUAAUAAUUUAAAACUUAAGGAUGAUUUUUAUUUAAAUGUCGUUGAUUGGUCUCAUUCAAAUAUAUUAAGUUUAGGUCUUGACAGUUUCGUUUAUUUAUGGAACACUGAGACAUCAAAAUUAUGUGAUUUGGGAACAUGUUGCUGCGUUACUUCAGUUAAAUGGCUGCACCAGGGAGGUCAAUUAGUUAUAGGUACAACAGAAGGUCAAUUACAAAUUUGGGAUAUUCAAACGCUUACGAAAAUCCGUGAUUUGGAAGGACACAAAUCAAGAAUUGGUAUUAUCGCUUGUUAUGGGAACACGACAAUAUCCACUGGUAGUGCAGACCGCCUCAUCUUGAAUAGAGAUCAGAGAAUUCCUCGUGAUAUCUAUGGUGUAUUGAAAGAGCAUAGAUCCGAGGUAAUGAAUACAUAUAAUACAUAUAGAGAUCAAUUAGCGAGUGGUGGUAAUGCAAAUGAACUAUUUAUUUGGGAAUCUAAUAAAAGUGAUAAUCCGAGCCGAAAACUUGAGGGGCAUAGAGCAGCAGUUCGUGCCCUUUCAUGGAGUCCCCAUACUCGUAAUAUAUUAGUUAGUGGAGGUGGUCAUUUAGAUCGUCGAAUUUGUUUCUGGAAUACCAGAAACGCAAGAAACUUGGCAACUUUUAAUGUCAAAUCACAGGUAUGUAACCUGCAAUGGUCACCCAAUGCAAAUGAAAUUCUUUCAACUCAUGGAUGGUGGAAAAACGAAAUAAUCGUUUGGAAAUAUCCAUCAAUGGAAAAAGUGACAACAUUAAAAGGACAUACAUAUCGUGUUCUUUAUUUCGCAUUAUCACCAAGUGGUGAAAAUAUUGUUACGGGUGCAGGUGCGCAACCUACAUUUUGGGGAUGGGUUUCUCUAAAUCGAUAUUGGAUCAUAUUUGCACUUGUAAGAUCUUUAUAUACUACAAUAUUGGUAGUGUGUAUGUUGGAUAUGGGUAGAAAAUUUUAUGGAGAAAAUCGAUGGAAUACUCAUUUAUUUAAAAUUACCAUAUUACAAUUAAUCGCAUUUGAUGCGGCAAAUAUUGUUGAUUUUUUAACUAUUCACAUGAGUAAAUCGACAUCUCCCAAACAACAUGUAAAUGCUCAAUCUGCGGCAGUUGGAACUUGGUAUAUGACAAUAACGGGAAUUUUAUCUAUAUUUUAUCUUAUACUUUAUUUAAUUUUGUUUUGUUUCAAUGAUGAUUUUAAAUAUAAUCCAAUAGGUAAUGCUUGUGAUGCUAUUUUACGUAUAUGCAUAACUUUAGCUAUUUCUUUACCACCUCCUAGUAAUAUUAUACACGCUAUGAAAAUGAAAAUUGUGGAAAGAAUUUCAACUUAUAAUUCACAAUAUAAUACGGUUUAA